AUGGCCGAGGCUGCGAGGCAAGUGGCAACACUGGCAUUGCUGGUUUCUCACCAUGCUGUUGUCACACAAGUUGCUGUUGUUGCUCUGCAGCAAGAAGAACAAGAAAGAAGGCAGCAGCAUCAGACCCAACGUAGAAGACGCAGACAAACAAGGCAAAGGUCAUGUUGGGUGAGGGACUGGCUGCCACACGGAGAGAGGUUGCGGCACUCGCACUACUACAACUUGAUGGAGAGUCUUCGGCAGAGAGACCCGGACAGGUUCAAGAACUUCACCAGAUUGGAGCCGGCCUUGUUUGAUGAGCUGUUGGACCGCCUCAGGUUGCGCAUCACCAAGCAGAACACCUCGUACCGUGAUGCCAUAGAACCUGGCCUGAAGUUAGCUGUGACGCUGCGCCAUUUGGCAACUGGGAACUCAUAUGUUGACCUGGGGUACAGCUUCCGUGUCGGAGACAACAGCAUCAGCCUGUUUUUGCCAGAGGUGUGCCAAGCCAUCAUUGAUGAGUUCCUUGAUGAAGCUGUUCCGGCACCUAUGAUCAAAGAUGAGUGGAAAGCCAUCGCUGAAGAGUUCCAGAGAUGCUGGAAUGUGCCCCACGCUUGCGGUGCCCUUGACGGCAAGCACGUUGCCCUCAAGAAACCCCCUCAUUCCGGAUCAGAGUACUUCAACUACAAGGGUUUCUUUUUCAUCGUUGUGUUGGCAUUGGUGGAUGCCAAUUACCGCUUCUUGUGGGCUGAUGUUGGUGGCGUUGGUUCUCAGUCUGAUGCUCAGAUCUACAACGCUUCGGAACUGGCAGAAGUCCUUCAGAGUGGAGAGAUCAACCUGCCUGACGAUGAGCAUCUUCCAAAUGACGACAGACCACAUCCAUAUUUCAUGCUGAGUGAUGACGCAUUCGCCCUGAAGUCAUAUAUGAUGAAGCCGUACUCACGCAGGAAUAUGACCUACGAGGAGAAGAUAGCCAAUUGCCGCAUAUCCCGUGGGCGACUUGUUGUGGAGAACGCAUUUGGCAUCAUGGCUCUUCGCUGGCAAGUCCUUCUCACCACCAUGCAGCAGAGUACUGAGACAGUGCAGCUCAUCGUCAAGACAUGCAUGGUACUGCACAACAUAAUGCGUACCAGGUAUCCUGGCCACCAUCAAGCACUGGUAGACCAGGAGGAUGCCAACGGCAACCUCAUCCCUGGCAAUUGGCGGCGUAAUGCUAACAUGCAUGACAUGGAACAAGCAAGAGGCCCAACAAGAGAGUCCACCAAGGCCAAGCAAAAAAGGGAAUAUCUGAAGCUGUACUUCAACAGCCCAGCAGGAUCAGUCCCAUGGCAGGACAGCAUGGUGUAA